AGCAGCAUACUCAAAGAUCGCUACACGUUAGAAGGAACAUUGAUAAUCAUCAGUGAACCUGCUUUACCACCAGCAAAUUAUCAGAAUUUGCAGCAAUGAUAGGUCUUGCUGAAUACCUGUUAUAGUUUAUUAGCUAUUCUGGAUAGUUAAUCAGCAGCCACUAUAUCAGUUUAAAAAGAUUAAAAAUGACUUUGCAGAGUUUGAGUCCUCAGUUUAUUAAUAGCUUGGUUGAUGAAAAACAACAGACAGAUUAUUGGAUUUACUAUAAACUCAACUAACCCUUCAGAGUAGUAGCAAGACUGAAGCAUUAUCUUCAGUUUUAUGAUGCAGACAACAUAGAGAAGGAAAGGUUCUAAUGACAAACACCUGUAGGCAAACUCCAUGAGCCACACAAAAAGACUCUCUGAAGAAACUGCAUAACAUUUCCUUCCCACUGAGUUUCCAGAUACCAGAAUGAAACCCUGCCUUGCAAAACCUCCAAAAUGGAUUAAUUAUUUAACUAACAGUAUCAACCUGAAUGCCUAGGCUUAGCUAUGGCUUCCCUUUUUACUGGGAAGAUCCUGAUUGUAAACAACAAGGACUGUGAUGAGCUGGACACAGAGCGUGAACUUAGUCGAAGGUUGGAAAACAAAGUGAUGCUGCUUUAUUUUGGGUCUGGUGAAUGUCCUCGAUGCCAGGAAUUCUCUCCGGUCCUCAAAGAUUUCUUUGUGAGACUCACUGAUGAGUUCUAUGUGGAAAGAGCUUCCCAGCUGGUCCUGGUGUAUGUGUCUCAGGAUGAGACAGAGGAAAAGCAAGAAAAGUUCCUGAAGACCAUGCCAAAAAGAUGGCUGUCCCUGCCUUUCCAGGAUGAGUUUAAAAAGGAACUGGAGUCAAUGUUUGUUGUGUGUGACACACCUGUAGUGGUGGUACUGAAGCCCAGUGGAGAAGUGAUUUCUGGGAAUGCUGUGGAGGAAAUCGAGCGUCUGGGUCCUGCCUGUUUCAAGAACUGGGAGGAGGCUGGUGACCUGAUCAACAGGAAUUUUCUCCUGGUGGAGGAUUUUGAUGACAUGUCCCUGAGAAGCAUCACUGACCCCAUCCACCGCCUCAAGUACAAGCUGGACAAGAAAAUGAAGAAAGAAAAGAGGGAAAAUGAAGAGGAAGAUGCUAUGUCCUGAUCACUGACGAUGCGUAGAGGGUGCACAUAGGUGCAUGUG